UCGGUAUUGCGUAGCCCACAGAUUGGAGCCCCACCCUCCAAUGGCGUAGCUCCAAUGCUGUUGCUGACGACUCCGCCCCACCAACGGAGAAUCUCUGCGACUCACAACCAGCUUCAUCUCCCCUAUAAAUCUUCCUCCUGCUUCGCCAUUCCAAGGCGUCUAAUCUAGGUUGACACGCCUUGACCCUCAACUCACCCGCCGCCCAUCGGAGAGAAAAAUGCAGAGUUUGCAAGAGAAGGCUUCCGAGUGGAGCGGAUUGAAGCGCGAAGACGCCUUCGCCAUUGACGAAGUCAAUUUGUUUCAGAAGUUAGGUCUCCAGACCUUCGUUACUCUCUCGACCAACUUCUACAACAGGGUAUAUGACGACGAGGAGGAGUGGUUCCGAUCAAUUUUUGGGAAUUCGAAGAAAGAAGAUGCAAUUCAAAAUCAAUACGAGUUCUUCGUGCAGAGAAUGGGAGGUCCGCCUCUAUAUUCUCAGAGAAAAGGCCAUCCAGCUCUUAUAGCUCGACAUCGACCGUUCCCGGUCACGCUUAGAGCGGCGGAGAGGUGGUUACAGCACAUGCAACUAGCAUUAGACGAAACCCCAGAUAUCGAUGCAGAUUCAAAAGUCAGAAUGACAAAUUUUUUCAGACACACUGCUUUCUUUCUUGUGGCUGGAGAUGAGAUGAAGAAUCAAGGCCUGCAAACUCAGUGCAAGCAUGGCAUCCAGCAACAAGCUGCCCCUUAGACAUUAUGGGACAGUAACAUAAUUACAAAUAAUCUAUCUUACAUGCUUGUAAGACUGUUGAAUCUAGGUGACUCUGUGUUCUUCCAUGUCCAACUGUCCUUAAAUCUUGAAACGAAUUAGAGGGCUCUCCUCAAUUUGGGUUGAAUGAAGACAACAGAGCCAUACAAUGCCGAGGUACCCAAGUAAGGAAAAUUAUUCGCAGUA